CAGGACCGAGUUUGGACAGCCCUGGGCUAUAGGUCUAUAUACACAAACCAAGCUGUUUAGGCUACUAUUUUAAUUUAUUGAAGACCUUUUAUGCAAAUAAAACUAUCAGUGUUUGCUUCAGGCCUUCAGCUGCAAAUUUUGAGAAAUACACUCUGAGCUACAAACACACAAUAAGUAAUGAUAACGCAGAAAAUGCACAAAUAACCUGAGUCAGUCAACUACAUAUCCCACAAUCCUUUAUUCCUAACCCGGAAGAAAAUAGUACCACGUGCGAACUUCGAAAACUCGCCGAAAGAAUUCGUUCCGGAGUGGCUGCGGCUCAUCACAAUGAAUCCGCUCACCAAAGUGAAACUCAUCAAUGAACUGAAUGAAAAAGAGGCUGAACUUGAUGUCAAAGACAGUGUGUCCUGGCAUUCAGUGUAUAAGGAAAGCGCCUGGAUCUUUAUCGGUGGACUUCCAUAUGAGCUGACAGAAGGAGACGCCAUCUGUGUUUUCUCUCAGUACGGAGAGAUUGCCAACAUCAACUUGGUGCGAGAUAAAAAGACGGGCAAAUCCAAAGGAUUCUGCUUCCUGUGCUAUGAAGAUCAAAGGAGCACCAUUCUGGCUGUGGAUAACUUUAAUGGAAUCAAGAUUAAGGGGCGAACCAUACGUGUGGACCAUGUAGCAAAUUAUCGACCACCCAAGGACAACGAAGACAUUGAUGAUGUCACUAAAUGUUUGCGAGAAGAGGGAUGUGCUCCUAAAGUCCCCCUGCCUUCCUCCUUUGAGUCAGGGUCUGAGGAAGAAUAUGCUGUACCUGUGAAAAAGCCAAAAAAAGAUAAAAAGGAGAAGAAAAAGAAGAAGGAGAAGAAAGAGAAGAAAAAAGCACUAAAAGAAGAGAAACAUGAGGCACGGACUGAGCCGUCAGCAUCAUCUCCUGUCAGAGUGAAGAAUGAGAAGGAGGACACGGCAUACGAGAAGUAUGCCGCGAAAGGACCGGCAGGAAGCAGAAGGGACAGACAAGACUUCAGGAACCCACAAGACAGAGCAGAUGAGGUGGACCGAUUCAGAGAUAGGUAUAGAGGUGAGAGGGAAAGGGAUCGAGAAGAAAACAAAAAGACAGACAGAAACCGAGAGGAUAAAAGACAUGAAGACACACGGCAGGGAGACAGAGAAAGAGACAAAGGAAGGGGUGUUGAUAGAGAGAAUAAUGGGGAAAGAGAGCGUGAGAGAGAAAGGGAACGUGACAGAGACAGAAGGGAGCGCGACAGAGGAAAUGACCGAGGGUUUACCAAACACAGAGAUCACAGGCGGAUGAAACAGGGGGAGUCUAAAAUGCCGUGGGAGAGAGACAGAUGCCUGGUGGUCUCUUUUGACAUGGUAUACGUCUUGUCUCUGUCUUGGAGCUACAACAAGCUACAAGAAGUGGAUGCUUUGCAUUGUCAUCCCAAUGCCGUAGGAGUCAUGCCACAUAGACCUGGAAGCUUGGAGCUUCCUUCAGGGCUUGUGAUCUACAUGCAGGAACGAUCCAAGACCUGUAAAUACCAUGACAGAUUCACUAAUUUUGAAGUAAUCUACAAAAAGGUGUGA